UAGAACCCAGCGCUGCGCAGCCUAGACGGCCACCUGCUGUCGCUCCCGUCUUCUCCUCAGAGCUCCUGCUCCUUCCUGACCGCGGCCCUGGAGGCAUUAUUCUCCCAGGUAUGAGCGUAGCUGUGGGCAGUGGGCAGUGGCAACAGACGAGCCGCCCAUCUGACUAUCCGUACCCGACCCAGGCCCCCAAGGGCCGGAUCAGCGGCCUGCCUACGACCUCUAGCGGUAAGCCCUUCCAGCUCUGGGCCCAGGGACUCUUCUGCACCGAGCGCAGCCUCGCCAGGCGCCUCAAGAACAACAGUUUCUACCCGUUCACGCAGCAGCAGCCCAACGUCUUCGUGCUCGAGUACUACCUGGACACGCUGUGGAAGGGGACGCUGCUCUUCAUAGUCUGCAUCUUGCUCAUCAGCUUCGGCCUCGUGAGCGAGGUGCAGAAGCAGGAGACCUGGGGCUUCCCUGCGUACGGCGUGGGCGUGGGCCUGUGGCUGAUGAUCUCGUCGCUGCCGCGGCGCCGCUUGGUGCUGAACCACGCGCGCGGCGUGUACCACUUCUCCAUCCAGGGCCGCACCGUGUGUCAGGGCCCCAUGCACCUGGUCUACGUGCGCCUGGCGCUCAACUCAGACGCCUACCGAAGGUGCUUCUUCCAGCUGGUUCUGUGCGGGCACAAGCUGGAGCCGCUAGUGCUGGUGCAGCUGUCGGAGCGCUACGAGCAAAUGGAAUACCUGGGCCGGUACAUUGCCAGGAAGCUCAACAUUAACUACUUUGACUGCCUGGCCAUGUCGUACCGGCACGUGGUCCGCCACUGGCCGCUGGGGACCGCCUUCAGCCCGGGCAUCGUGCUGCGAAAGACCGGUGCCUACGACGGGGGGAACCCUCAGUGGGACCCGGACGUUUGAUGCUGCCAGCAGGCACCCACCCCUCUCCCACCCCAAGAGGCGUUCUGCCUUCCCCUCCAGUCCCCCGCCUCCACCCCACCA